UGUACCAAAGUGCUUUAACAAUUGUACUUUAUAGCCACGUGUAGGUACUUUGAAACAGAUGUCUUACAGUUACUCAACUCCUACACCUUAACCAAAAUUUCCUCUCAAGUCUGUCUUCUUUGGAGCAGCUUGGUUCACUCGAUGAAGCAGGGGAAAAGGCAUCAAAAGUCAUGAAAUCGAGCUCAGGCGGCGGUGAUGUGAGUGGGGGAUGUUAUUUGCAGCUGAGCAGCAGGAGGCUGGAGAAACCCUUGGUGGGUUUUGAAAAGAAAAGACGGAAACACCCUUUGAAGGAAUCGAAAAGACAUAAUCGGAGUUUGAGGGUUAGGGAGAUGAACGGCAAUCUUGGAAUUAUGGGUCUGUUGAGGGUGAAGAGGAGAAGAAGGAAGAAGUUCAUGUACAGGAAAAUCAGAAGGAAAUUGACAACAAUGGCAGCUUUGAAGGUGAAAACUUGCUGGAAUUUGAUGGUACAGAGAGGGUUGAUGCUCUGUUUACUGGUAAGUCGAAAUUCGAACUCUCACCAAAAAGGUGAAAGUUUGCGUAGUCAUCAAGAGGCUCUCUGCACUUAGUAUUGGCGCCAAUGUUUCUACACUUACAUGUUGAGAAAAUAGUAUUUUCUGCCGGCAGAUGCUUGGUGGGAGAAAAUAGAACAACUUUAUUCGAUAUGAGAGCUUUUCCAUUCAUAUACUCAUCUUAGUUGCGCAGACUCUUCACUUUUGAUGCCACACCAUUGUCGGAUUCUCUGAAAUUACACUACUUUGGAGAAUCCGACAUGUACCCAUUGACAUUUUUAAGAGUCCGAGCAACAUAGAUGAUAUAUGAAAAAGUUAAUAGCAAUGAAGAAUUU